AUGCAGGAGAAGAGGCAAAUUACAACAGAAAUACAAGAAAAAUUAAAUCCCGCAGAGAGACGGAGAGAGUCUUUAAGGAAAAAAUAUUUCCAAGAUGUAGAAUACAGAGGGAAGACAAUGAAAGCAUCAUUAGAAAGAUAUGCAACAGAUGAUGUUUAUAAGGAAAAUGUCAAGAGGAGAAGUAUUGAAAAGUAUUCAAAGAAUGACGAUCACCGGGAAGAUGUCAAAAGGAGAAGUAUUGAAAAGUAUUCAGUUGAUGAUGAUCAUAGGGAAGAUGUCAAAAGGAGAAGUGUGAACAAGUAUGCAAUAGAUGAUGAUCAUAGAGAAAAUGUCAAGAAGAGAAGUAUUAAUAAAUAUACAACAGAUGAACAACAUAGAGAUGAUGUCAAAAUGAGAAGCAUUCAAAAAUAUAAGUUGAAUGAUGAACACAGGGAAGAUGUCAAAGCUAAAAGCAAACUGAAGUACAAAACAGAUGAAGAUCAUAGAUGCCUAGUUAAUAAUGCAUCUACAAAGAAAUACAAGGAAAAUGAAAAUUUCCGUGAAGCAAAGCUCAGCACUGCCGCUAAAAAAUACAAAAGUGAUGAAUCUUUCAGGUCAAAAAUCAAGACAGCUAGUAAAAAACAAUAUGACUCAAAUGCAACAUAUAAAGAACAGAAAAAGGAGAGGGUAACAAGUCAGAGAGUUGCUCAAAGGGCUAGACUGGAAGAUCAGGAAGAGGUAGUGAGAGUUUUUAAAGAAAAGGCUAUGCAGGGCAUUGAUUAUUCAUGUUGUUGCUGUGAUCGACUCUUGUUUCAAAAUCAAGUACAAAGAUGUGAACGGGAAACAUAUGCAAAGAACGAGCAGGCAGUAAGAAUUGCUGACUUGUGUAUUCAGGAAAAGUACCGCCACCAGUGCACGGAAUCAUGUUCACAAAACUGCAUUAAGUCAAAGCUAUGGAUUUGCUAUACCUGUCACAGGAAAAUCUUAAGUGGAAAUUUUCCAGCAGAAGCAGCAGCUAACAAAAUGGCCCUUGAAGAUAUUCCAAAAGAAUUGAAAGAAUUAAACAGCCUUGAAAAACACUUAAUUGCUAUGCAUAUUCCUUUCAUGAAAGUCAUGGCUCUUCCUCAGGGUGGUCAGAAGAAUAUUCAUGGGCCAGUUGUAUGUGUACCGUCAGAUCUAAAAAAGGUUACAAGUUUACCAAUGAAACCCGGAGAAGAUCUUCUACUUAGAGUGAAACUGAAGAGAAGAUUGAGUUAUAAAGGUUACAGUGAGUACCAGUUUGUUGACCCAAAGCACAUAUUUGAGGCAUUAAAAUAUUUGAAAGUGAACAAUCAGUGGUACGAAGAUGUAGCUAUAGACACAAACUGGAAAGGACACCUAGAAUGUAGCGAAGAAAUAUCUGAACAAGAUGAUGAUAUCACAGAAAGUGGUGAUCAGCAGCACAUUGUGGCAGACACUUGUUUACAACCCGUAGAUAUUGCUCAGGAAGUUCUUGAUCAUUACUUUGAUGAUAUCUAUGAUAUUGCCCCAGGUGAAGGAAAUAAUCCUGUAAGAAUGUUGCAGGAGGAGGGUAAUGAGGCUAAAACAUUUCCAUACCUUUUUCCUAGUGGACGUUUCUCAUGGAAUGCUGAUAGAGAAACACGAAUAACGCUGUCAAGAUACUUUAACAACCGUCUUAUGAAUACUGACGACAGAUUUGCAAAAGACAGCAAUUACAUUUUCUUCAGUCAGUUUAUGUCUGAUUUAAACCAAGUUAUAGAGAAGACACAGAUAUCAAUCAGGAAAUCAGUCAGAAGAAUGGGCAGUGAACAAUUAGUGACAGCAAAUAUGGUACAGAACCCUGAAACACUUUCAAAGUUGAUGAAAAAUGACGAGGCUUUACGAUUCAUGCAACCUAUACGUGGAACUCCAGCAUAUUGGUCAGCUGCACAAAAGGAUUUGUUUGCUAUGCUUCGACAGCUAGGGAUACCAACUUGGUUUUGCUCAUUCUCUGCUGCAGAACAUAGGUGGAAUGAUGCUAUUGCAACAAUAUUGAGACAGCAGAAUGACAGUAGAGACCCUUAUAUUUUGGACUGGUCUGAAAAGAACGAAGUUUUAAGAAGCAAUCCUGUCACAGUUGCUAGAAUGUUUGAACAUAGAUUUCAUGUUUUUCAGACAGAAGUGAUUUUUUCACCAUCCGAACCAAUUGGAAAAGUAUCAGAUUUUUUCCAAAGAGUCGAAUUUCAGCAAAGAGGGUCUCCUCACAUGCAUUGCUUAUAUUGGAUAGAAAAUGCGCCUAAACUUGAGGAAGAUGGAGAGGAUGCCGUAUGUAGUUUCAUAAACAAAUACGUAAGUUGUGCAGUACCCUCAGAGGAAGAAGAUUUAGAGCUAAGGGAAAUAGUUUUAGCUGUACAACAACACAGCAAAAAACAUUCCAAGUCAUGCAGAAAGAAGGGCACAGAUUGUAGGUUUAAUUUUCCUAGACCACCCUCUGUAUGUACGUUCAUUAAUUCCCAACUUGAGGAAGAGAACAUGGACAAUUCUGAAGAUGCAACUGGUUUGAAACAAGAACGCUCAAUUUCUAAAGAAAUUUUAUUGCAAGUUUGGAAUGAAGUGCAAGAUGAAUCGAACGAAUUGAAGACUACAGGAGAGAUUUUCCAACAGCUGGGUUUGACACAGGCACAGUAUGAGGAAGCUCAUAAAAGACUAACAAAGAAGAGAUCAGUUGUUCUUCAAAGAAACCCAAGUGAUAUUUGGACUAAUCAGUACAAUCCGUGCCUUUUGAAAUGCUGGGAUGCUAAUAUGGAUAUUCAGUUUGUUUUGGAUCCAUUUAGUUGCAUUGUCUACAUAAUUUCGUACAUUUCAAAAUCUGAGAGGGAAAUGGGAAUGGUUUUGAAACAAACAAAAAUAGAGGCAGAAGAAGGGAAUGAAAACGCACGCACAAUCUUGAAGAGAAUUGGGUCUACCUAUUUAAAUCAUAGAGAAGUGAGCGCGCAGGAAGCUGUUUAUCGGGUAUGUAACCUUAAAAUGAAGGAAUGCUCAAGGAAAGUAGUGUUUGUACCCGUGGGUGAAAAUCCUACUCGACUGACAAAACCAUUAUCCCAACUUAAAAGAAAUCAGAGGAAGGAGAACGAUGAAAAUGUUAACGAUGACGAAGAUGAUGAAGAUAUUUGGAUGACAAAUGUAGUAGAGAGGUACGGAAGUCGACCAAAUAAGCCAUUGUUUCAGAACAUGUGUUUGGCAGAAUUUUGCUCUGAAUUCAGAAUACUUGCAAAAUCACAGGUUCCAAAGACUCCAAAUGAAAAUGUAUUUGAACUGCAGAAUUCGAAGGGCUUCAUCCAGAGAAGAACACGUGCAAAGCCAGCUGUUAUAAGAUAUCCAAGAUUUGAUGUUGACAAAAUGUCAGAGAAACAUUACCAAUGUCUGCUACAAUUGUUCUUGCCUUACUGGACAGAUAUUCAACUGAAACCUCCAGGAUUUGAUCUUUAUGAAACAUUUUAUAACAAUGGAAAUGUACGAAUCAGUGGAAAGCAGAAGUUGCAAUCUGUCAAAUCAAUUGUAGAUACAAACCGCAUGCACUAUGCUCAGAAUGAACACAUCAUUGCAGAAGCACAAGAAACUUUUGAAAACCUUGGAGAGCCAGAAGAUGCUUGGGCAAACCUUUGUCCAGAGACAGAAUUAUCGAGACAGGAAUGUGCAGCCCUGAGAAAUGAAACUUUAGAAAUAAAUCCUUCAGAAGACCUACCAGACAUGCAAACAGACAUAAAUUCUGAUGUUCUUUACAAGGUCCAACAGAAUACCAAGUCAACAGAGGAGAUGUUACAGAUCCUUCAAAAUUUAAAUGAGACGCAAAUGAGGGUGUUUUACUUAGUGCGGGAAUGGUGUUUGAGAAGGAACUUCGGAGAAAAUCCUGAAGCAUUACACAUUUUCAUAACUGGAGGCGCAGGGACAGGCAAGAGUCAUCUAAUUAAAGCCAUACAUUAUGAGGCCUCACGGAUUCUACGAAAAACGUUGACAUCUCCUGACAGUAUAUCAGUACUACUCUCCGCAUUUACUGGAACAGCUGCGUUUAACAUUGGAGGAAGCACUCUGCACCAUUUAUUUUCACUCCCGAAAUAUAUGCCUUUGCCAUAUGAGCCAUUGAGAGAGCAAAGUCUAAGCGAAAUGAGAGUUCAACUCGGAGAUCUGCAAAUUCUUGUCAUUGAUGAAAUUUCAAUGGUGUAUAAAAGAUUAUUAUACUAUGUUCAUGAAAGACUUGUACAGAUUAAGAAAUGCAAGGAGCCAUUUGGGGGAGUCUCAGUGAUUGCAGUUGGAGAUUUCUACCAGCUUCCUCCUGUUAAACAGCGCAAAGAUGAAAGACUGUACAAAGACAAUGCUCUUUAUCCUGUUGAUUAUUGGGUUGACUUCUUCAAGGUAGUGGAGUUAAGUGAAAUUAUGAGGCAACGUGAGGAUAUCCCAUUUGCAACAGCACUGAAUUCACUUCGGACUAGAGUAGUAAAACAAGCACUGGAAGAUGAAACGGCUUCGAUUUUGAGCGACUGUAUAAGAGAAGGACCAGAGGAUGUUCUCCAUGUCUAUGCAACAAAUGAGGAGGUGAAUGCGUAUAACUUGUCAAUGCUCAGAAGAACCUGUGAGGACCUGGUUGAGAUUGAUGCUCAAGACUUUACAAAAGACCGAACAACAGGCAAACUAAUAUUGAGAGGAAAACCAAUCACAAGGGGGCGGUCGGAUAAUCUUUCUAGCAGCCUGUUAUUGGGGGUCAGUGCCAGAGUUAUGCUAACAAGAAACUGCAAUGUGGAUGACGGCCUAGUAAAUGGCGUUAUGGGACAUGUAUCUCAGUUUCUGUAUAGUUAG